GUGAGUCUGGUCUGGUCUGGUCUGGUUUCCCAAUCCAUCCAUCGCUGCGAUGCAAUUAUAAGCCCUUUUUGUCAGAUUCUCUUGGCGGAUUCCUCAAAGUAAGGAAGUCUCCGCUUUUCUGCUACAACCUCUGUUCGUGUUCGUUCUCCAAUUGAAAAUUCAUAUAAUUCCCCCUCCAAAAGCCACAAAAAAAAAAGAGUUUUUUUUGCCUCUCCUCGGGGUGUUUUCUUUGCUUUUCCCUCUUUAAUUCUUUGUCUAUCCAUGUCCGACCUUCUGUCAAUGCCUCCGUGAAAAAGGGGAUUUAUUCUCUUGAGGAGGCCUCUCUCCUCAAUUAAGGGUUUGGGCUUCUCCUCGGAAAUUUAGGAUUUUUGUCGGCAAGUUAGGGUUUUCAAUCGAUUGAGAAUUCGAACUGUGCCCUGCAUCUAAUCUCUAAUCUCGGGUGGAGUGUUGAACUGUGAAGAAGCUGCUGUUGAUUGGCGGAGCACUACCUACCUACCUACCUCUUCCACCGGGUAAUAAAUCCCAGGAAUGUGCUUGCAAUUGUGCCUUUGAUCUUUGAGGCAUUUAGUUUGAUGGAUUAUAGAGUUAAUCCCCCGAUUGAUGGUUCUCUGCUGUUAGAUUGAAUCUUCUCAACAUGAACAAUCAGGGUCCGGAUGAUAAUGAAGACCGAACAGUAGUGGGAUUUGAAGCCCCAGGAUCCCCCGACUCCAGCUACAACAACGUGUACCCAAUGAACAAAGAUGAGACCCGGGAACCGCCCCUAGUUCCGCAGCAACUCCAGCACCCUAUUCUGGGUUACCCGCCUACCAGAGAUGCUUCGGAGAGUCUCCCACCUCCUCUCAGUGUGCUUCUAAACCAUCUCUACAUCGAGAACCGAGAGGCCCCUCGGUCUGUUGUGGCUCUGGGGUUCACCCACCGGUUCAGGUCAAAGUAUGUCAGCGUAGUGCUGUACAAAGCGGUCCAGAGAAGUGGGGGAACCAGCUCAUGAUGAUGAUAGAAUUAGAUGGCUUAUUUUCAUCCAAGAUUCCUGAUGUCCUCUCACAAGACGGGUCUUUGUAGUUGAACAAAUAGAGAAGUAGCUAUAGGGGAUGACACACAAAGUUCUAGUUUCACGGGGCUCAACUUGCUAGGCCGUUAUCAUUUCUUUUCUUUUCCGUCCUUGUCCAGAGUUUUAUUUGAUUCGAAUUUGUUUGCUUCAGUCUAUGUUUUGGACAUAGAUUGAUCACAUUCAUUCACGAUGGAUUCUAUCGGUUCUCGUCGGUGUAUUAUAUCUCGUGCUUCAACAAUAUCAAGAUCAAGCUUGUAAAUGUGAAA